AUGAGCACUUCGUGCGCCACGUCGCCGCCGCGCUGCCCUCGGCGGGCCGCUCGCCGCCGCGCGGGCGACGGCCGGAGCGUGUCCUACGCGGACGGCGUCUUCCCGGCCGACGGCCGGCGCCGCGCCGCGGACCCGCGGCGGCCGCCGCCGGGCUCGCCGCGGCGCUCCCAGCCCCAGCCCUGGUUCGCGCGGCGCGCGUCGCCGCGGCGGCCCGCGUCCGCGCCGACGUGGCGCGACGACGGCGCCGCCGACCGGCGCCGGCCCGCGUCGCCGCGCGCGGCGCCGCGGUGGCGCGACGGCGACGGCGGCGACGACGACCCGGACAAGACCUUCUUCGAGCUCUCCCUGUCGCCCGCGCGCAACGCGCGCCGGUCGCCGCGGCGCCGCGCGCGCUUCGCCGAGCCCCCGUCGCGCGACCGCACGCCGUCGCCGAAGCCCGCGGCGGCGCUCGAGGCCUGGGACGUGACGUCGGACCGCCGGUCGCGCGGCCGGCUCCCGGCCGCCGCGAGCCCGCCGCGCCACGCCGGCGCCGGCGCGCCGCCCGUCUUCGGCGCGCCGGGCCCCGACGACCACCUCUUCGCCGGCGCGCCGCCCCCGGCGGCGAAGCGGGCGACCGCGCGGGGCUUCGACGACACGUGGGCGUGCCCCGUCUGCUUCUACGGCGACAACAAAAAGGGCGCCGACGCCUGCACCAUCUGCCGGAGCCCGAACCCGGCGAGCGCCGACGCCGUCGUCUACGUCACCUGCCCGGCCUGCGGCCACCACAACCGGCGCUUCGGGGAGGACCAGAAGUGCGAGAUCUGCGACCUCGAGCUCAUGUCGUCGCGGUCCGCGCGCGCGCUCGCGUCGAGCGUCGCCAAGCCGGAACGCGCGGUCCCCUGGACGCGGCCGGACCCGAAGGACCACGGCGGCUGGCGCGGCCUCGACGAGUCCGACGACGACGACGACGCCUACCCGCGCGCGCCGCCCUGCUGCUACGGCUGCGGCUGGAACAGCACGAUCGUGUCCGACGGGUGGAACCACGACGGCCGGAGGGUCGUCGGCAUCUCCAAGGAUGACUGGGUGAUGGGCCCCACGCUCAAGUGCAAGACGUGCGAGCGCAAGUGCAACGCGCGCCGGUCGAGGGCGCCCGAGGAGAAGAAGGAGGACAAGGAGUUCAUGAAGGUCUUCAUGAAGGGCUACCGCUACAAGUUCGAGUCCUACAGCGUCGAGUCCGUGCGGCUGUACGAGGAGAAGUACCCCGGCUUCAUGGCCAAGCAAGACUUCGUCAUCACCACCAGGAGAACCGCCAUGACGCGCACGCUCGCCGAUAUCGUGAGGCCGCUCGUCAACUCGGGCAUGAACCCGAACAACAUCUCGAACCUGCUCGCCGAGACGAAGGACCUGGCGCUCACGCGGAGCCUGCUCAACGCGACGGGCGCCAUCUCCGACGCCACGGCGCCGGGCCAGCACACGCUCGCGACCGCGCUGAACCGCGCGAACCUGGGCAACUUCGUCGACGAGGUCAUGAAGUUCCAGACGUGCUCGCCGGGCCACAAGCUCGUCCGGCGCUUCGUGGUCGACGCGUCGGAAGCGGUGUGCCACUCCCAGUUCAGCUUCCGCGAGAAGAAGGUCGGCGGCGCGAUCAUCGCCAUCGACCACACGCUCAAGACCCUCAAGGGCCAGAAGGUCGCCCAGGAGAAGGUCUCGAAGAACCGGCUCACG